AUGACCCAAGACAUAGACCCGAGGCAGGAAACGGUCAACAGCCGGCCAGCCCCCAAACGUCCGCCGUUCGUGCGCAAAGUGGUGAAUCUGAAGGGAUUCUUCGUGGCGAUGCGGGACGAGAUAGAUCGCAAGAUAGCAGCGGGCAGAGUGGUAGUUCCCGAGGAACAUCGAGUGUCCACUGGAGACUCCCCACGAGGAGCCAGAGUUGAUGCGGAAGUUGUUGCGGACGCGAGCGCUGCACCGCGCGGAGUACCCGCGGGUGGCCGCGCCCAGCGAGUUCCUCAACGAACUGCUACAGGCACCGUUGGUAUGGGAGAAAAUGUUGUGGGCGUUACACAUCAUGCCGAUGCUGCCGGAGUACCCGGCAGAGCUGACCCUAGCAGUCCGACAAGUGGAGGGGAUAGCUCCUCUACAGUCAUCGAAUGCCGUGAGACACGCAAUGUCGUUAUACCGGGUAUUGAAGGAACUGUCCGCAUCAGAAUAGACAACCCGCGGGUAUACCAGGAGUUCCGAGAUAACAAAGAUUUUCUCGAAGCAACGACCUCGAAAACAUCCAUCAACGUCGAGGGAUCGGCAGUCCCCGUAGUUGUCAACUCACCGCUUGAGCCCGUCAUGCCACUCACUUCCGCUAAGCCGAGUGUGAUCGAUAAGGUAUUGGUGAGGGAUAGCCUCGUGCGUAAAAUGGGUGUUGAUGGCUUCGUGAAAGGAGUCAUGACGAUCGAGGCGCGCAUAGACGUUACGCGUUACCGGGAGAUAGUCGCUGCUAUAGAGCGAAUCGACACGCUGCGCACGGCAUUACCAUUUCAUACUCAGGGGAUGGCUGCAGCACUCAAUCUUAUGCCAUGGUACUACGGCCCUGAGCCAGCUCCCCGCUACCGUGAUACAUGCAUCAGGACGGGGUACGGACGAGACGUUGUCUAUCACACGCCGUUAGUGGAGCUGUGGGACAUAAUUACCCAAGGCACUCGCCAGCGGCGGCCGAGAGUAGCUCCCACCGAAGAGGAGUGGGUCAACGCUAUACGAAUAGGUCUUAACGUUGACCCUGAAGAGGACGACAUUCCGGCUGGUGUGGAGGAGGACGAGGUCUCCGAGGCUUCAAUCCAACGUCACCGAGCGCCAGAUAUGGCCGAUGUCUUCUAUACCGUGCCUCAGGCGUAUAACAUAUCCAGGGACCCCCUGUUCUUGGCGUGGUUGUUCCCGGCCCACGGAGUUUCGGAAGCGGGGGUUAGUAUAACCGGUUGCUCGCCCUAUGCUGACAACAGUGUUGCACUCUAUGGGGAUACUGUGGUCAGCGCCUCAAUGGACGACUUUGAGGCUAUCCACGAUCUGCGCAGACGUGGGCUCAACCUCGAGGUGCAUGAACUUGCGGAAAGGUUGCUCGAGGCGGCUUACGGCAGGCUACAGCUCGUCCCACAGGUCCCAGUGUCUCUGUUCGUCGCAUCCAGGCGCAUGGAAGGCUUUCCCAUCGAUCUAGUGGCCAAGUAUCGCACCGCCCUCAGCAAUAUAUCUGGUAUGAAUGAACAGGAACCCGUGCGUGCACAUACGGACAGGGACAGUGACUUUUAUAAGUACUCAGUUCUAGCAUGA